CAACGUUGUGAAUCAACGGACGUCCUCGUUUGCUUACAAUUUACCAUGGGAAAGUAAUGGGUCAGAAUUUGGAUUGUACCAAAGCAGGAGCGGAGGUAUUUGCGGGGACUGUCCGGACGUAAACCACCUGAUCAACAUCAUCUCAUUGAGUAUGGAAUUAUCAAUCAUAAAGUGAAUGGCAUGGACAUCAUCGCUUACAUUUCGAGUGUUAAUGGAUUGAUGGAUUAUGUCUUGGAACACCGGAUACAUCUGUAAAUGAUUACACCCCCUUUUUCAUGAUAAUGGGAAACCUGAGGCUGUAAUAGUCUGUUGGAGGAAUUGCUAGAAAUAUUAAAAUAGGUCGUGGUUUAUGAAAUAAAAAACAAUGUCAGUCGCGUUCUCUUCAACGCGCCCGAGAGGCAAAGGGGAGGUUACUCAACAGACGAUUCAGAAGGUAAGGCGCAUCCUCCCAUGAUGGAUAUGGAUUUCCUCUCCCUGUUUCUUAUUGCAUCGACACUACUGGCAUUAAUGGUGGGAAAGUCAUGAAAAUCAAUCGGCUGGGGUGGCAACCACAGAAGCCAAGCAAAAUAGCAAGCCGUGCGUCGGCUAUAAUGUGUUUCAAAAUCUGGCAGCAAUGCUGACGUUUUCUAAAUUGGCAUUCCCGUCACGGACGUAAACAGAUUUUGUCCGUGCAAAUUUGGGGAGCAUGCUUGCCAGAUAUUAUAAACUUGUAGACUACAGUGUCGUUAUGAACUUUCUGGACAUCACCUAGGCGUUAUUUCAUUACAUGCUGCUGAACUGUGUUUCUAUGUUCUGAUGAAUUAAAAUAUUUGCUACCAUCGCAGUACACUCCGUGGAGUUGUGCAUAGGUGCAGAGCGCCGAUGUAAGAUGCACAUCACGGAAAGCUACAUAAGGAUGCAUAUGAUGGCCACUCGGAGAACAUCCAAUGAAUAUCGAGACCUUUUGUUCAUACUUGAUGGGGGCGGGAGUUAAAGAGACGCUUUAUUUGUUUACAUUUUAGAAAGCAAAUUAUGUUGUAUUUUAAGAAACUUCUGAUAAAGAGACAAGACUCCAUAGGCCUACAUUAUUUUGAUGCAUGUUAAACACGAGAUGCGCCUAUUGAUAAGUAUUUUACAAGUGCCCUAAUGUGGUUGUCAUGUGUGUCCUAAGAUGCUGGAUGAAAACCACCAUCUGAUCCAGUGCAUAAUGGACUAUCAGAGCAAAGGGAAGACCGCUGAGUGCACGCAAUAUCAGCAGAUUUUACACCGAAAUCUGGUGUAUUUGGCAACCAUUGCAGAUUCCAAUCAAAACAUGCAGUCACUUUUACCUGCGCCACCCAACACUAAUUUGAAUAUGGGCCCCGGUGGGAUGGGACAGAGUGGUGGAGGGCAGUCUCAUCACUCCCUGGCGAACCUGAAUGAAAACAUGGCCUCUGGCCUACCUCCUACCUCAAUGAUGCAGAGUGGCAUGAGCAAUGGCCCCAGCCAUGCCCCCAUGCAGCAGCCGUCCAGUCAGAUGCCCCUCUCCAUCUCCUCCUCCUCUUCCUCCUCCUCUUCCUCCUGCUCUACUUCCACGAGCCAGCCGGCCAGCACCCAUGGCCCAGCCCCUGCCCCAGGUGCUGGCUUCAGCCACACAGGGCCCUCCGCACAGGCUAUGCAGCACCAGGGACAGGGACAGGUCUACACUUCCACACCCUCCCGUCUCAACCUCAACAUGCAGUCCAAUCAAGUCUCGAUGAUGCAGCAACAAAGCGGCGGGUCCCAUUACUCCUCAGCACAGACAGGAAGUGGACACUACCAAGGGCAACAGUCCAUGGGAAUGCUGGGACAGGGUAACCAAGGCAACCAAGGCAUGAUGGGACAGAGGCCCAUGGGUAGUUACCGCUCAUCCCAACAAGGACCCGCAGCGCAGUACAUGGGACAGGACGAUUUCUUCGGGGAGCAGUACGGACACACUCAAAGCUCCAGCGAGCCCAUUAACCAGCAGUAUUACCCCGAUGGACACGGAGAGUACUCCUAUCAGCAGUCAUCCUAUGGGGAGCAGGGCUAUGACCGCUCAUUUGAGGAGUCUUCGCAACAUUACUAUGAAGCCGGUAAUCCUCAGUACAGCCAGCAGCAGGCCCAGUACCAACAGGGAUCAGGCCAGCAGCAGGCCUUUAGUCAGCAGCAGUACUCUUCUCAGCAGGGAUACAGUGGACAGCCUCAAGGCUACGGUCCAGGGCAGGGAGCGCCAUCCCAAUACCCCCAGUACCAACAGGGCCAAGGCCAGCCAUACUCCUCAUAUCGCUCGUCACAAGGUGCUACAGGAGGCCAAGCACAAAGGCCCUACACAUAUGAGCAGGGACAGUAUGGGAACUAUCAGCAAUAAGGAAGCACUGUGGAACUAAAUGUAAAGCAUACAUACCUCUCGCCAAUGAGGAGCAGCAAAACAACAAAGUUUUCUGCUGACAACUUUUUUUUUGGGAAGCAGAUUGUCAUGUAGGAGAUAUUAGUCAUCAUUAGUACUGUAAUGGAGAAAUGUAGGGUUAUAGUCUUUGUCUACUUUGGUUUCCAUAUGUUUUUGUUUAUUUUUUUUGUUGCCUCCUCCUGUUCACUGUGUCUUAUUCUUCAGAAUGUGUCUUGCCCUUUCUUAUUAAUGCAACAUAUUUAAGGUAAUUUACCAAAAAACAAAAAAGCAUACCCAAUUUCCAGAGAUGGUACAGAUUAAAUCGUUUUAUGAGGAGGAGAAGAGUGAAGAACAUAGCCACUGGGGAACUUUUUAAGCAGGAUUUGACUGGUGAAUUGAAUUUGUAUGCUGUAGAUUUUCUGUGUCAAUGAGUGUGUUUAUUGCACUUCAGUAUCCCGAAUAUGAGGCUCAUGGCGGUUAUGACUCAGGAUUAGGUGUUUAUACGAGUACAGUGUUAAAUCCCAGUCUACAUUCUUGACCGUUAUGGAAUUCCCUUUAAAUGUGUGUAGCCUGGAUAUGAGCAACAGUGUUCUAUGGGAAGCCCCAGUAUCCGGGAUAAGGUAUUUGUUUAUAUGCAUCAGCAUCCUUGCCUAGCUCUCACGCAGACCCCCCGUGCAUUUCCGCUCAACUUCGUGAGCUCGCCCAAGGGUCUGGAAACCUUAGACGAGCCUGAACAGAAUCAGAAA